CACUUUUGUAUCAAGUUCAUAAAAGCAGCAGCAGCAGCAGUAGCAGGAUCAGCAGCAGUAACACUAACAUCCCAACAACAAGCUGAAGUGUUGCCGCUGAGCAGACACGAACAUGGCGGAGCGUCACUGCUGUUGUGUGUGAGUCAGUUCUGCUGCUUGUUCUUCACUCACACCUGGACCAACGUAGCUGCGCGUGAGGAACGUCAUGAGCCGACACACAACAGGUGAGCAGAGCUCCGGUCAGAGGAGCGCGACCUCCUCACCGCUGCCUCCGGAUCACGUGCUGAACUCAGGAGCUGUGUUACUCCCCGGUGCUUUUGAUCAACAUGGCUGCCCUCUGAUCGUGUUCCCGACAGACACACAUGCCAAACUUUACUCACAAGUCAGCACGGCACAUGUGGUGGACUUCAUCAGUUACUUUCUCUCUCUGCACAAUAAGCAGCAGGAGAAGCAGAGUUUGGCAUCUGUUGUGGCUGAUCUUAGUCUCUCCUCGCUCCCGACCAUCAAGUUCAUCGCUGAGACUCUGCUGCUGCUGGAGCUGCCCAUGCGGACCAUACACAGUGUGUACAUCAUUCAGCCCAAAAAGAAGGAUGUUGCCAAGCUGUUGCUAAAACUCCUUUCUCCAGCUUCUUUCAAGAAAGUCUUCUUGAAAGAAAUCUCGGCACUCUCCAACCACAUCGAUCGGAGCCAGUUAACACCAUCACUGGGUGGAUACUUUAUUUACUGCCAUCACAGCUGGGUCACAUUCGUUAAGGAGAUUGACGUGUUUGUCCAGGAGUUCCUGUCCGUGGUCCAGCGGCUUCCAACCUGCAUCUCCUCCCUGCAGGCUCUGUCCAGGCUGCCGCUGCCCACCACACUCGCAGAGCUCCAACAUUUCUGCUCCACCAACGAGGCCAAGUUCCAGCAGCUCAGGAGGGAGCUGGGUCUGGAUGAGCUGCUGAGCCACUGUGAGAAUGUGCUGGAGAAGCUGCGUCACCCUGAGCGACAGCCCUGUUACCAGGCCAUGGCUGGCACUGCACUCUUCUUCCACACGGCCUUUGACAUGCUCCACAACCACAGGAGAAUAACGACAGCUGUGGAGAAAGUGGAGCUGCUGUGGCAUCAGGCGUUUUCUCAGGCUCGUCUGCAGCUGCAGCUCAUCCAGCUGCGAGGGGAAGCUCUGCAGAUCACACAGCACAUUGAAACACUUGAAAAGAAGCUCCAGACGUACAACAUGGACAUUGCCAAGGACGCUGCACAGGCAGAGGUCAUGUUGUCCCACUUUGAGACGUCCAUUCACACUCCUGCUAUGGCACAUGUUGGCUGUGCUGAAGACGUGAUCCACACACUGACCCGCAUCCUUCCAUCAGAUCGUCAGAGCAGCGAGCUCUGGGUUCUGGACCUGGAGAGACUGAAGGAGAAAGUGCGCUCUGCUGUGAACUUGGUUCUCCAAACCCUCCGAGCCGUUUCAAACUAUCAUCACUACUUCAACAAGGCCAACAACUGGUACAGUCUGGUCCUCUCUGAGGACUUCCUCCAGGAGUUGCUGUCAGGUGUUUCUGCAGCACAGUGUUACAAGAGGAACUUUGCUUCUGUCCCUGCAUGGAGGCACAGACUGUCCACUUUCCUGAAGAGGAACCCUCCACCAGACAUGGAGGAGCUGCUUCAUCUGGCUCACCUGUCUAAAGUCAUCCCUGAUGAUGAAGUCCAGUGGGCGGGGCAGCGGAUGUCUGAGCGGUGCAUGACCUUGAGGAAGCUGCUGAUGUCUUCAGGGUCAGUGGUUGUGGCUUCCCUCCAGCAGGCCUUACACUGGCAGUAUGAGUUUUUGCGCAGCAGCAGCCAUGUCCACCGCUCCCCUGAUGACAGAGCUGCUCACAGAGCAGCUAAGGAUGUCCAAAACAGCCGAUCUGAAUGCGGGCACGUCAUUGGACAGUCGUCUUCACCUGCAGUUAUCGGGACUGUGUCCACUAAGCACAAACCUUCCUCCCUUACCUCAUUCGACUCGGGCUUCGUUGGAGCAGCAAACGGCCAAGUGGAGGUGUGGGGAGGUCCAGGACUGAAGGCUCCAUCAGUAUUAGCUGGGAACAUGGACUCUGUGAGACCUGCCAAGAGCAUGUCGGGUGUUUCAGAUCAUGAGGAUUACACCAGUAUCCAGAUCACCCCCAAAGAUUCCCUCCACUUUGAGAUUCAAGUGAAGCGCUCUGCUGCACUGCCGACUAACCCCUGGCUCAGUUUACCGGUCGAUGAUCUGGAAAAGUCUUACACCGUCACCAUCACACAGAAGACAGAGCUCCACAGUCGUUCAGAUCCAUACUGCAGCAGUCCUCACACAGCAGUGUUCAGCAGCUCACAGCCUGAACACUGCUUACUCUACUCACAAAGCACUUUGGAGGAUUCUCAGUUCAGUCCCAUCCACAAUGUUCUCUCCAGCACCAUCACAGAUGGAAGCUCCACUGACGGGAUUCCCACUCUCCUCUGGGAUUCAUACGACCUCCAUGAGCAGAAUCACGAUGCUGGGAUGAGUUUGGUGGAUUUCUCAGAGGAGGACUGGGAUGAGAAGGAGCACGAGGGUUUGAGAGAGGUGGAGAAGAUCCUGGACCGGGCAGAUCAGAUACUGGAGGAAGAAGAAAGUGUGGCGGCUCAGGAGGUCGAGCUGGAGGCUCUGCUCAGGUCUGAGAACACACAAGGUCUCUGGCCUCAGCUGCUCACUGUGAUGUCGUCCACUGAGCUGACUGAAGCUGGUGUUCUUGGUCUUGAUGACAGCGUGGAACCUGCAGAAGUUUCCGGAUCAGCUGGAGAUAUAAGUGGAACUCAGGCCUCUGAAGAUGACGGACACUUUGACAGCAGGCCGGACCUGCUGACCGAGCUGAGGACAGUGCACCUUCUGGAGAAGCUGAUCAUGGAAGAGAACCUGAAGAUCCACGAGCUCAGGUGCUAUAAAGAAACCCCCAACAAUGAAGUGCUCAACAGCAAACCUGCAAACGGGUCAUCAGGUGUGAGCAGAGACAGGGAGGCUUUCCUCUUACAAGUGGAGAAGGAGAAAAGGGAGGUGGAGCAGCUUGAGAGGAGUCUGCACAGAGAUAGACCUCUGAAGGUUGUCAAAUGUUCUGUCAUGAAGACUGGAGGGGAAUUUAAUGAAGACCAGUCAUUGUAUGAUGAGCUCUCAUCACAGAGAACACCCUCUGUCUCUGUAUCACAACACAACAGUGAGCCUGCUUCUUCUGACUCUGCUCCAUGUGGUUGUGAAGGCACUGACGUGAAGCUCUCUGCUCAAGAGUCGGGAAAACAACUCGGGGAAAGCACCUCGAAGAGAGAAUGGAGAGAAUCUGCACAUGAAGCAGCAGUUUCCCCUGACAUGAGGCGAGAUGACGGAGCAUUUGACCCCGGUGGAGAAUCACUCCUCCCUCCUGUUCCAGCUUCACCUGCUGCCAACAACAACCUCACACAACAGGACAUCAAUCAUUCCACAGAGGUGCUGGAUCCAGGUCCGUCUGCAGUGGCUCGACGUCCUGAUUUCAUGCAACCUGAUCUACAGGAGGAACCAUUUCAAUCACAACUGGACUCAUGUCACAACGAUAGUCACAUGUUUCUCUAUCCAAAGGUGACGGCACACAGCAACAACAACAACAACAACAAGCAUUCAGAAGAAUCUGAAAUUACUGCUAAAGAUGAAGGUGAUGCAUCUGAAGUGUCUACAUGUUUACAUGAAGCAGAGGAAAUCCACACUUUCUCUGUAGAGAUGUCACAGCAGCCAGCAGCAGCAGCAUCAGCAGCAGCAUCAGCAGCAGCAGCACGGCUGCCUCCUCACCAGCUGAAUGAAAACGGUCCUGAUGAUUUUUGGAGGAUAUCACGAUGUGGGUCACCUGGUAACAUUCAUAUGAGAAAGAUAUCAGACUGUAAGACGCCCAUAGUACUGGACACAGGGUCUGGUAUGAUGAAAGCAGGUUUUGCAGAUCAAGAACAACCAAAUAUUCUGUUCCCAACAGUAAUCGGGACGCCGAAGUAUGAGGAAGUCAUGAACGGUCACUUUGAAAGGGAAUCUUACAUUGGACACGAGGCUCAGCACAUGAGAGGAGUUCUGGCUCUGAAGCAUCCCAUAAAGAACGGAAUCAUCCGUGACUGGGAUGACAUGGAAAAGAUUUGGGAUCACAGCUUCCAGCUGCUGUGUGUGGAUCCUCAGGAUCACCCUGUGCUGCUGACCGAGGCGGCCAUGAACCCUGUGGAGAACCGACAGCGUAUGGUGGAGAUCAUGUUUGAGUUCUUCACUGUUCCCUUCACAUACGUGGCCAUGCAGGCUGUGCUGGCUCUUUAUGCAUCAGGCAGAUCCACUGGUGUGGUGUUUGACUCUGGAGAUGGUGUGAGCCACAGCGUGCCUGUGUUUGAUGGAUACUGUUUACCUCAUGCAGUGCAGCGCCUCCCUGUGGCUGGUGUGGAUGUGACCAUGGAGCUAAGAAAGCUUCUGCAGGAGCAGGGGCUGAGCAUGUGCACCACAGCAGAGCUGGAGAUAGUGAGGGAGAUGAAGGAGAAGUGCUGCUGUGUGGCACUCGACUAUGAAGCAGCACUCACUCAGGACAGCGCCUCCUGCAGGGAGAUGCCUUACACUCUGCCAGACGGACGCAUCGUCACCCUCUGCACAGAGCGCUUCAGGGCUCCUGAGAUUCUGUUUAAACCACAGAUGAUUGGACACGAUCAUUAUGGGAUACACGAGAGCAUCUUCAAGUCCAUCCUCAGUUCAGACAUUGACUUACGGCGCUGCCUCCUGGGAAACAUCAUACUGUCAGGGGGCAACACUCUGUUGCUGGGCCUGCCUGAGCGGCUGCAGGCGGAGCUAAGAGACCUGACACCUGCUGACACUGGGCACAGUGUUCAUGUCAGCAGCCCUAAAGACAGAGACUUCUCAGUGUGGUGUGGGGGGGCAGUGCUGGCCAACCUGCCCACCUUCAGCUCUGCAGGAUCAGCCAGGAAGAAUAUGAGGAGUUUGGCCCACAGAUUGUCUUCAGGAAAUGCUUCUGAGAUCUGUCUCCAUCUGCAGCUAAACCAUAUUAUCUCAUGUAAAUGUCUGUGUUACUGUCGUCGUCAUCAUUGUGCACUCUCUCUCCUCUCACUCCUCUCUCGCCUCUCACUCACUGUCGUUCCAGUGUAAGCAUGUCUUUAUUCAGUGAGGCUUGAGAAGCAUGAAUCGGAGUGAUUGGCAAAAUGAGGAACAAGAGAAGCUCAAAUAUAAUCUAUUUAUGUAUCUAUGUAUCAAUGUAAUAUCAAAAACUCUAUUUAUACAAUACAAAGUGAAGUUGGUGUCACAGAGGAAUGGAAAUCUGUCAUUGUUCUCAACCAGAUUAUAUUUAUAAAUAACACAUGUAUGGGAUGGACAUUAAAGACUCGUUUUAGGAAAAAAAAACAGCUUUUAGAAUGAAUUUUACAAACCUUUUAUUGUAAUGUUAUAACCCUUUUCUUUGGAUGUUGAUUCAUCAUAUUAUGACCAUGGACCUUUUAAAAUCUAUAUCUAUUAGUAUUGAGUCCUGAUUUAAACUUUAUCCUUCUUUCUCUUGCUCUGGCCUUAAUCAAAUCAAAUGAAACUAGAGGAACAGGAGUGUUUGUUGCCGAGUGGCGUCUCGUUACUGUCUGACCCACAUGUUGAUUGUGUGAAUGAUGGUGAAUGAUGGGAUGUGCAGUGUUGCCUCUGGUAACUAACGCCUGUCACUUAAAAUGUUAAAUGCUACUGCUGCAGGUCCAGUGUUUUGAUUUUCUCUGUAAUAUUUUCCUGUGUUGUGUUGUGAUUUGAACACUUGCACAGUAGUGUUUCUUUUUGAAAAGGUGUUGGUUUUUGGUGCCAAACCUGCUGCGUUUCUGUCAUUACCAUGAAUUCUGAAAAGUCAACCAUGUGCACUUAUACUUGUCCUUUUGCAUGAAAUGAUGUGUUGUGUGUAAUGAGGUUGUACAUUAUUGCAUGUGGCUGCAUGUGUUUCUUUGCCAUGUUGUGUGUGGGUGGUCAUGUGACUUUGAGACUCUGAGAACUGCAGAGAUGAGCUGCUCUGGCUGCUUUGCUUUCCUGACUUUAGUGAGAAGUAAAUGAGCCGCCUCCUGUAAAUGUGCUGUAACAGUCUGGACUCAGUCCAGCAAUGAUUAUGUCUGUUUUUAUAAUAAAUAUUAAUAGUGAUGUUU